AUGGCCCGUAUAACCAACCUCAAUGCCCACGAGGCACCACCGGAAUCGGUGCGGCUGCGCUACAAGCAAUAUCAGAAAACUUCUCUGUCUGAAAUUGACGCCGAUGCGAGCAUUGUUGACUUGCAAUCUUUGGAUCCGGACGAUCUUCCCAGCAGUAUGACACUUGUGCGGAGGAUAUCUACCGAAGACCUUCAACCAGCCUUUGACAGACUCGCGACUGCACACGGACGGACUGAAGAACAACUCCAGCGAAGCAUUCCUGUAUUUACUCAUAAAUCCGUUGCUGGUCUUCUCAUGGUCCCGUCGUUGUUCCCACCAGCAGUUCAAAUAGAUCUGCUUAACCGUUUGUUCCACCGGGACCUCUCGAAUAGCGCGCACAAAACGAAUCUCCAUCUCCAUUACGAUGUCACCUACCCUGUACAAUCAGACGGUAUUACUGAAUAUCACCAUACGACUAUCUUUGGCAACGAAACUUUGAGCGACCAAGCGAUGUCCUUCUUUGAGGACGACCGAACACGAACACUAUCACCCAAGGACCCAGAGGUACACAAACCCCUCACUGUACAAAGCGUAUUGAACAAGAAACUCCGCUGGGCCACUCUCGGUGAGCAGUACGAUUGGACUGCCAAGAUUUACCCAGCGGAGCGCCCUCCGGCCUUCCCUGAAGACAUUGCUCGGCUUCUGCGAGCGGCCUUCCCAGAAACAGAACCCGAAGCCGCCAUCUUGAAUCUGUAUUCUCCAGGAAAUACCCUAAGCCCUCACCGCGACGUCAGCGAGGAAUGCGACGCCGGCCUUAUCAGUGUUAGUUUCGGUUGCGACGGCCUUUUCCUCAUCAGCCAUGGCGACAGCACGGGGUGCGAGAUUAUCCGGCUUCGUUCUGGGGAUGCGGUGUAUAUGGAUGGGACUUCCCGCUUCGCUUGGCAUGCUGUGCCCAAGAUUGUGCCUGAAACCUGCCCAUCGUGGCUAGAAAACUGGCCUUGCACCCCGGGUGACGAGGAGGCUGCGUCCCGUUUCAAGGUCUGGAAAGGCUGGAUGUCGAGUAAGCGAGUAAAUCUGAAUGUCCGACAGAUGAAGGGUGGCCAAACUUAG